ACUGCCAUGAGAGUGAUUAAGAGGUGCUUGGAAAGGGGAGCACUCGGGCUGUUCUAAACUUAGAGUAACCUGAAGCAAGCCAUGAGGUAUCCCCUGGUUCCUCUGGUGAACGAGCUGACCUUUCCUCUGCUUUUCUUCUGGUUCUGCUUGCCCUUUGUCAUGCUGCUGAUCAUCGCCAUUAUCUGGCUACAGCUGCUGCUUAAUGAAGCACAGAUGCCCAGCACAGAAAAGAUUGAGAAAGAAUCUCCUGAUGAGCCUGAAUCUGACUCUGAAGGUGAAAUAACAGAGGAAGAAAACCAGAGUGAUGCAUCCAGUACAGAGAUGCAAGAGGAGUCACAAUCCAGUGGAGCUGUGGGAAGACUGAGGCCCAAGCCUGCUUAUCUGAGCUCAAAUCCUAAAAGCCAAAGUCUUCUGGCUGUGACCCCAAACAGCUGGUCCCAGAGGCAGAAGAUAAGAUAUUCCCGUGCUGAAAAGAGCACUUUCUAUAACAUCCUGAUGCUGCUGUGCUCCUUGCUUUCUUCUCUCACCUGGAAUUUUGUCUGCCUGUUGCUCCAGACCUUUAACAUCCUGAGGACUCUGCUGCUGCCAUCCUAUCUGGUUACCUACGUGGCUCAGCUGUCCACUUUUCUGGGUGAAACAGCUGGGAAAAUCCUGGGCUCCCUGAGUCUGGAGAGCAGAGGACUGCUGCUUUCAGUCCUGGGGAGGAAACUGCAGCUAAGCCAAGCUCAGAGAACCACCUCAGGGUGAAAACAAAGCAGGGAGACCCAUGGCAAUCCAGGCCAGCAUUGGUGACAGCCACUGCAGCAUGGCAGAGCGAGGGGAAUUCUCUGAAAAAGAAACCCACUCCAGACUAAGCACCUACUCAGCUCACCACAGCUGCUUUCAGAGUGUUGAAAACACUCUGCCUAAAUGUGAAAUGGAUGACAGCUGCCAACUCCUUGAGGGAUAAGCUCCUUUUUUUACAAGGACCGAGCAUUCCACCAGCAUCAGGAAUAAUUUCUGCUCACCAACACUAAUCUUUGAUUCCAAAUAAAUGAGAUCAAGGCAA